UUCUGUUUCAAAAUCUGGCAACCCUGGGAAGAACACUUAUCAAAAGUCAGAAACUGAUUGUGAAAGUGAUAAUACACAUGUAGAAAUGAAACUUAAAAAUAGAUUGAACUGUUAUCCGCUAUGAUGAUAUAUGUUGGUUUUUGCCAUGUCCUGAAGUGUUUAGCUUUGAUUUUGUCCGUGCAAGUGUAAUAUUAUUGAUUUGGUAACGAAAAUUGAAAAUGCAAGCUUUAUGAUUUUGAAACCAUUCGCAACUUCCUUCCUGUUGAUCCAAGUGGAUAAAUUGAAACUAAACAUGGAUAUGGAAGAAGCUUUUAAAACCGGGUUUUUAUUGAUACCACCUCAAAUAUUUUUAAGAAAAACUUGGAUAAAAAGAUUUUGUGCUUUAUACAAUUCAAGUAAUCAUGGAAUUCAGAGAAUGGAAUUGUUUGAAUCUGAGGAUACAUAUAUCAAGAAAAACCCAUCAAAAAUAAUAACUUUAACUGACUGUGUCAAAGUAAUACCAACACCACAAAAAAAUCAAGCCAAUGUUUUUGAGGUGCGUACUACGACUAGCAGCUACCAAUUUUCUGCUGAUACAUUUCAAGAUAUGCAGGACUGGCUUGUAUCUUUACAAAAUGUUGCAUUUGGAAAAUACCAGCCCAAAAUACAAACAUCUACUGCAAAAGAUGAAAAACAAGAAGAAAACACUUUAUAUAGUUCUAUGGAUGAGCCUGAGGUAUAUUCAGUAAAAGCUAUGGCAACUGAAGCAGUUAUUCGAAAUAACUUAAAGGGGGAUUACAAACUCAUUAUUAGAGCUGCAAGUGUGUCCAUUGCUGAAGAGAACGCUCAGGGUCGGUUGGGACAAAUUAUCCUUACUUGGCCAUAUCGUCAUAUUCGGCGUUAUGGUUGUGGUACAGAGAAUUUUUCAUUUGAAGCUGGAAGAAAAUGUGCUUCUGGUGAAGGUCUAUUUACUUUUUCCACAAAUGAUGGUAUGCUUAUUUUUCAAAGUGUCGAUGCACAUGUGGGAGCUUUAAAAUCAACUCAAACUGAAGGAGAAGUACCUAAUAGUCCAAGCCUCAAUGAAGAUAAAAACAACUUUUUUGCAACAAAAGAUUCUCUGUCUGAGAGAAAAAGUUUAGUCACACAACCUUCGAUCAGUCGAUUGGAACCUGCUUACUCCAUGAUAUCUGGAUAUGAAAAAGAGAUCAACUUGAUAAAUUUCCAGAGUAAGCAACCAACUGUGAAACCAGUCCCUCCUUUGACAAAACCUCCUCGAAAGAGUAAAAUUAACAAAGCUGUAGAUGAGACAUUUCGUGCAGUGGAUAUUUCCAAUAAUGAAUCAAAGUAUCCCAAUGUAUAUGAAGAAGUUUAUAAAGGAGAGAAAUUUGACUCACUGAAUUUUCAAUCCGACCAUUCUCAUAGUAUACCUGAAUAUUCUAAGAUAAAUGUCCAUAAGCAUAAUAGUGCAAUGCUUUCUGGUGAUAAUGACCUAAGCAGUAGUGUUGACAAAAUUCAAAUUUAUGAUAAAACAAAAAAAGAAAAUUUUGUUCAUGUGUCUUAUGAAAACUGUGAUGUUCAACUUCAUAGUAAAAAUGCAGGCUUUGCCAGCAAAGCAUCAGAUGAUCAUGUAUAUGGUAAAUUGAUAAAUGUAAAGCAAAGUGCUUUAUCAAAAACUGAAAAUGUCUAUGGAUCUUUGCUUCCAAAGCACUCCUCUGGUGCUGAAAAUCUGACUAGUCCAAUAUAUUCGAACAUUCCUUCAUUUGAACAAACAUUGGUUGAUAGUGAUAUUGAUGAGGAACCAAAGCAUUUCAUGCAAAAUGAUGCAGAAUAUGCCCAAAUAUUGAAGAAAUACAAAAAUCUUUCUCAGUAGCUUAACUUUUCUCGAAAUGCUCUUGUUUUACCCCAUACCAAUUUUUAUCAUUAUUAUUAUUAUUAUUAUUAUUUUUUUUUUUUUUUUUUGUAAAUUUGUAAAAAAAAAAACCUUUGAAAAAUCUUUUUUUUUUAAGUUUUAUUUGGACUGAGAAACAACAGAUAACGUUCAAGUAAGAGAAAACAACAUUAGAAGAAGCUGUUUUGUCUUACUUUACUGUUUAGCACAAAGGUAUUUAUUUAUCUUAACAGAUAACAUGUUAAAACAGCGCAAAACAGCACAUUUACCUGUUAAAAAAUAUUCUGCUUGUUUUUUUUUUUUUCCUUUCUUUUUUUUUAACAUUGCAAUAUUCUUUUUACAAGUGUUUGAAGAAAGUGAUCUAUGAUUGCUGUGUGUGAUAUAUUUUUGUCUUGAUUUAUGUUUAUGGUUAUAAAAUCAUUU